AUGGCUUCAUUUCGGCAACGCAGUCUCGGAAGUCGUAUACACGUACGACAAAAACAAAACGAGACGUCCGAACAUGACCAGUCCAAGUCCUAUCAAUUUCAUCUCAACGUUCAUGAAGCGAAUGAAAUAGAUAAUCAAAUUACAACCGAUGUUGGAGUAAUAUCAAUAAAUGAUGAUCUACAACAGCAACAGAAUUUAACUCCAGAUCAAUUAGAACAGUUAUUUCAUCGAACUAGUUUUGAUUUGAUUGAAGAAUCAGCAGAUAAGCAAGAGUUUUUUAAACGUGAAGCAACAAUCAAAGCACCAAGAACAAGUAAAAUAAUCGAAACACCAUUUCCACCUGUUGUAUCAGAUCGUCAAGGAGUAGAUUUCGACAUUGAUAUUGAACAGUUGAAACAAUUAGCUAAACAAGAAGCAGGUCCAUUAAUCAUUGAAAGAUAUUCUCCUAGUGAAAAUCAAAUUAAUUAUCCAUUAUCAACUAUUACAUUAACAUAUAAUCAACCAAUGAUUGCUGUUUCAUCAUUGAAUGAACAAAUGAAAGCGGAAGAUUUAGGUAUAUCAUUGACACCGGAAAUAGAAGGACGCUGGCGAUGGACAGGAACAAAAAUAAUUCAAUUUGAAGCAAAACAUCGUUUACCAUAUGCAACAAAGUAUAUACUGAGAGUCAACAAAGAAAAUUGUAUAUCAGCAAUCGGAGGAAAGUUAGAUGACGAUUUUGUCUUUGAAUUUUUCACAACACCAACAAAAAUUCUCGAAUUUUUACCAUAUGGAACAAUUUCAACUUUAAAACCUAAAUGCUUUCUGCUAUUUGAUCAGAAAAUUGAUAUGAAUGCAAUUCUAAAGCAUUUAAUUGUGGUGAGCAAUAAUGGACACAGAAUACAAAGUGAUGGAUUAGAAUUAUUAGAUGAAACAUCAGCAGACAAUGAAUUUAAAUCUUUUAUUAAUAAUUUUAGAGGAAAUCGUGAUAAAUAUGUUGCAUUUACAUUUAAAAAUGAUCUAUUAAAAGCAACACAAUAUACAAUUCAAGUACCUAAAGGAUGUCCAUCAGCUGAAGGACCAUUAACGACAACAACAGAAUGGUCAGCAAGCUUUCAAACUUAUGAACCUUUGAAAAUAAUUGGUUGGUCUCCCAAUAAAAAGAAAGAAUGGCGUUCAUCUGUUCCUCCUGGUCAAAGUUGGUCGAUAACAUUCAAUAAUUCAUUAGAUCGUUCAACUAUUAAUAAAUCAUUAUUUAGAUUUGAACCAGAAGUCAAUGGUUUAGGUGUUAAACACACGAAAUACAAAGAUCAACAUAUAAUAUUGUAUAAUAAUUCUAAACCAAAUACUGUUUACACACUUUUGAUACAAUCAGAAACAUUGAAAGAUAUUCAUGGUCAAACAUUAGAACAUAAUUAUUCCGACGAACCAAUUCAAUUUCACGUCCAUCAUUCACCACCUUCAGUUGAAUAUCUACAUGGUGAAACAGGUAUGAUUAUAAUGGAUCCUGGUGUAUUGGAUGAUCCGUUUUAUUCAUUUAUGGUUCUUAAUUAUUCAGAAUUAAAAUUACGUAUUAAUCGUGUCAAACCAGAACAUUAUGAUCGAAAUUUACCAUGUUUCAUGCCAUAUAAAUACAUGAAUCAAGAACCACACCAACACAUUGAUUUACCUGGAAUAGAGUUGCUAAAUGAAACUUUUCAAACAAAUUGUGAAUGUGACGAACCAAAAGAGAUAAGAGUUCCUUUGAAAGCAUAUUUAACAAAAAACUCUGGAGUAGGUCAAUUAAUUGUAUUAAUUGAACCAACAGAAAAAGCACAGGAUCAAUAUCAAAACAGAAAUUGGCGCAGUAGACAAAUUAUAUCGGUCUGGCUACAAUGUACACGAUUAGCAGUAGAUUUAUUUGUUUCUUUAGGUACAGACAUGAGAUUAACUGCAUGGAUUACUGAAUUAAUGGCUGGUGUACCUGUCAAUCAAGCAAUUGUUUCAAUAUCAAAUAAGAAACAAGAAACAAAUCAACAUGGAUUAUGUACCAUUGAAAAAUGCAAAAUAGAAAAUGAAAUAUUGGUCGUUGAAAAAGAUGAUGAUCAAUGUAUGCUAACAAAUAUUUAUUCCCACACAUCAUAUCCUAAUGUUUAUAUCUGGCACGUAUUUAAUGAUCGAGGUUUAUAUAAACCAAAAGAAGAUGUACAUAUCAAAGGAUAUGUUCGAUUAUUGGAAGCAAAAGGCGAUGCAAAACUACCUACUUAUGUUCAAGGUAUUAUUAAUUAUACAGUUUAUGAUCCUCGUGGUCAACAACUUCAACAAUCAAAAGUCGAAUUGAAUACUUAUGGUGCAUUUGAUUUAAAAUUUACAUUACCUGAUAAUAUUAACUUAGGUGAUGCAUGGGUAUCAUUCUGUUUAUCAGAUUCACAAAUCGAAACAACACAUUAUUUCAAAGUUCAAGAGUUUCGUAGACCAGAGUAUGAAGUUUCAUCAAUGACUCGACCAUCAGCAGCACAUUAUUGUCAUUCAACUAAUGAUGAAUAUGUCAUAGCUACUUGUCAAGGAAAAUUAUUUGCUGGUGGUUAUUUAAAUGAUGCUAAUGUUCAAUGGAUAGUACAAGCUGAAACAACAACAUUUACACCACCGAAAAGAUUUGAUUAUACAUUUGGUAGAGCUCGACCAUUCUUUUGCUGGUUUGGCAAUGAUAAUGAUAAUAAAAUAAUAUAUCCGAAAGAGCGUUUUCAAGGUAAAACAGAUAAUAAAGGUAUAUAUGAAAUAAAAAUUACUUAUCAUGGUAUUGAAAAAGAGCCAAGACCAAUAAUGGUUCGUGCGUUAGCAGCCAUCACUGAUUUAAAUAAUCAAACACAGGAAACACAAACACAAUUUCUUAUUCAUCCAUGCACAUAUUAUGUUGGAUUUCAAUUAGUAAACAAUUAUGGAAAGAAAAAUCAACCUGUACAAACAAAAGUCAUUGUAACAGAUAUUGAUGGAAAUUUAAUUGAUAAUGUUUUAAUUGAAUGUAAAAUAAUUGGUAUUGGUAAAGAAAGAAAAGAAGAUGAAAAUGGUUUAAUUUUAUUUGAAGAAAUAAAAGAUGAACAACAAAUAACCAAUAUUAGUUCAAAUAAAGAUGCAAUCAAUAUGGAUUUUACACCAACAAUAGGAGGUAGAUACAAUAUAUCAUAUACUGUCAAAGAUGAACAAGGACGAUUAGCUAUGAGUUUCUAUGAUAAUCUUUAUGUUGCUGGUGGUAGUGAAAAAGAAAUAGAAAAACAGAAAGUAGAUUUUGUUCCAACUGAUACAAUUACAAUUAUACCAAAUGCAACAAAUUAUCAACCAGAUGACAUAUGUGAAUUACUUAUCCUAGCACCGUUUAGUCCAGCUAAUGGUCUAGUUAUACUCGACUGUGAUGGUCAAGUAUCACAACCAAUACAAUUUCAGGUAGAAUCUGGAAAAGAUUCAACAACUGUUAACUUUAAAAUAUCAAAAGAUUGGAUACCAAAAUUCACCGUUCAUGUUGAAUUAACAGGCUCAAUUCCAAGAGAACAGGAAUUAAUUUAUUCACCACAUCGUCCAGCAAUUGCUGUUGGUUCAAUAACAAUAGAAGUAUCAAGAGAUAUUUAUAAACUAAAUGUUUUAAUUAAUACAAAAGAAACAACGACAACCUUUACGCCAUCAUCAAUUAUCCAUAUCGAUGUCGACAUUAAACAAUAUGUCAAUGAUACACCUGUGGACAACGUAGAAGUUUGUCUAAUUAUUGUUGAUGAAGCAAUUUUAUCGUUAACUGAUCAUAAAUUAAAUAGUCCAUUAGAUAUAUUCUAUCCAGAUCGAACAGUAAGAAUUAGACAAUAUCAUGUUAGAAAUCGUUGUUUAAUAUUCAAUAUGCAAAAUAUAGAAGAAUUUAGAAAAUCUUUGCGAGAAACACAUUCUAUGUUAGGAGCAUGCUCCAAGCGUCGCUGUGGGGCCGCAUUAGGUGAUUUCGCUGGUUCUGGUGCUGAGCAAAAAAUAGCUGUUCGAUCGAACUUCAAUCCAUUAGCAUGUUGGAUGCCAUCAUCAAUUACUAAUUCAUUAGGACACGUUUCAUUUGAAGUUAAACUACCUGAUAAUCUUACACGCUAUCGUGUAUGGGCGGUAGCAACUAAUGAUAAACAGUAUGGUCUCAGUGAAAUGUCAUUUACAGUACAAUUACCGAUUAUGAUUCGACCUUCACCACCAAGUUUUCUUAAUUAUGGAGAUAUAGCUCAUUUUUCAGUUAUUUUACAAAACCAAACUGAUCUAUCACUACCGUUAUAUGCUGGUUUAAGAGCAACUAAUGCUAAAUUAUUAACAUCACAAACAACUCAACAAGCAGUUGGCUAUUCAAUUGUAUUACAACCAAGUAAACGAGUUGCUCUCAUAUUUCCAAUAUCAACUCAUCAUUCUGGUACGGCUCGAUUUCAGUUUGUAGUAAGUACUGUCGCAAAUGAAUCGAGUGCAUCAUUUGGUGAUGCAAUCGAACUCAGUUUACCUGUAUUCACACCAGCAACAUCUGAAGCAUUUGCUACUUAUGGUGAUAUAUGUGAAGAAGAAGUUAUUUUACAACCAAUAAAGACACCAGAAAAUGUUAUUCCACAAUUUGGUGAAUUAUCAAUAACAACAAGUUCAACAGCAUUAGCAUCAUUAACAGAUGCAAUUAUUUCACUCUAUACAUAUCCAUAUGAAUGUACAGAACAAUUAAGUUCAAGAAUAUUAGGUAUACAAUCAUUAUGGGAUGUUUUACAAGCAUUUCAUUGUAAAGAUUUACCUGAUGUAUCAGUGUUGAAAACAAAAUUAGAAUCAGAUAUGAAGAUAUUAAAAGGUCGUCAAUACUCAAAUGGUGGAUUUGGUUAUUGGACAAAUCGAACAGAUUCAUAUGCUGAUCCAUAUAUGAGUGUGCAUGUUGCACAUUGUUUAGCUGUUGUUACGAAUAAAAAGGUAUCCGAUGUUGAUAUAAAUAUGUUGAACAAUGCGCUAAAAUAUCUUCAAAAUAUUAAAUCUGAAAUUGAUCAACUACCAUACAGUAAAUAUUGGUCUGAAAUAACUCGAUUUAGUUUAAUGAGUUAUGCAUUAUAUGUACGAGCAAAAUAUCUUCAAAAUGUGGCUAAUGAAGCUUCACAAUUGUUUGACCAAAGUGGAUUUGAUAAACUUAGUUUAGAAGCAUUAGGUUGGUUAUUAGUAGCAUUAUCUACCGAGAGAAAUAAUGAUAACGAUCGAAUGAUAGGGAAAAUAUACAAACAUCUAAAAGGUAAAGUAAAUGAAACAAGUGAAACAGCUCAUUUUAUAACAUCCUAUGGUGAUGAUGGUCAAUCAGUUAUGUUACAUUCAAAUCAACGAACAGAUGCUAUAUUAUUAGAAGCAUUAUUAUAUAUUGAUCCAAAAUCAACUCUUUGUACGAAAUUAUGUAAAGGUUUACAAGCACAUAAAGUCAAAGGUGCAUGGAAGUCAACACAAGAAAAUUGUUUUGUAUUAAUUGCAUUAGAUAAAUAUUUUCACAUAAAAGAAAAAGAUACACCAGAUUUUGUUGCUAAUAUUUGGCUUGAUAAUGAUUAUUGUGGUGAACAUCAAUAUAAAGGUCGAACGACAAAUACAUAUACUAUAAAUAUUCCGAUGAAAGCGAUCUUGUCAUCGUCAUCAUCAUCCAACAUAAGUAAUAAUGAUAAGAAUCUAAUCAUGCGCAAAGAUGGUAAUGGCCGACUAUAUUAUCGUAUUGCAAUGAAUUAUGCUCCAUCAAGUCUACAACUAAAUGCAGUUAACUAUGGUUUUAAAAUUGAACGAACAUACACAGCUAUCGAUGAUCCAUCACAUGUUCAGAAACAAUCAGAUGGAACUUGGAAAUUCAAAUUAAAGGAAAAAAUUCAAGUCAUAUUAACAAUGACAACAACACAACGACGAUAUCAUAUAGUAUUAGUUGAUUAUUUACCAGCUGGUUGUGAACCAUUAAAUACAAAAUUAAAAGGUACAUUGACAGGUGACACACAAUCAUCAGUUACAAGAUCAAAUCGAAACAAUUAUUGUGGAUGCCGACCAUAUUCAACUCUUGGUUGGACUGAACAUGAAAACUUAAGAGAUGAACGUGCUGAAGCAUUUCGAUCAUUAUUAUGGCCUGGUGUAUAUGAGUGGAGUUAUGUAAUGCGUGCAACAUGUGCUGGAACAUUUAUCAUUCCACCAGCUAAAGCUGAAGAAAUGUAUUCACCAGAAAACUUUGGUCGAUGUGGAACAGAAAAGGUUAUAAUUAACUAA